AAUCGACUGAAAACUCACGUUGGAUAUUUCCAAAAGAUUGACAUCGAUCAAGCUGUGACUGCUAAUAUUUCUAUAAAUAACCAAUCAUUCUGUGCUUGGCUUCCUCACAUUUUGCCCUGCGCUUAAAACCUUCAAUAUCAUUUCAUUGUAGAUUAUCAUAGACAAUGGGAAUCACAUCUGAAAGAAGUUUUGUGAUUGCCAUUUUCAUAAUAUUGGUGAUCAGUUGGGCAUCCCAAGCCAUGUCCCGGACGUUGCAUGAUGAUGAAGCUUCCAUCAACGACAUGCAUAAGCAGUGGAUGAGUCAAUACGGACGAACUUAUGCAAACGAUGCGGAGAAGGAAAGGCGUUCCCAGAUAUUCAGGGAAAACAUGCGUUUCGUGGCAAACUUCAACAGUAAUGGGAAUAAUAAUCAUACCUAUAAGUUGGACAUCAAUGAGUUUUCAGAUUUGACAACCGAAGAAUUCCUCACUUAUUAUACUGGAUCCAAGAGGCCUACCCACUACUCAAAGACAGCCGAAACUACAUCAUUUAGGUAUCAAAACCUGACUGAUGUACCCACUAGCAUUGACUGGAGGGAUAAAGGAGCGGUCACCCCCAUCAAGAACCAACGCCAAUGUGGAUGUUGUUGGGCAUUUUCGGUUGUGGCAGCUGUGGAAGGGAUUACACAAAUCAAAACCGGAAAUCUAAUCUCGCUUUCGGAGCAACAGCUUGUUGACUGCGUCCACAAUGGCAAUACUAAUGGUUGUAGUGGUGGUUGGAUGGAUGAUGCAUUCCAGUACAUAGUACAAAACCAAGGUAUUAGCACCGAAACAAGCUACCCAUACGAGGCAGCAGACGGAACUUGUGAUAAGGAGAAGGCAAUGGAGAGGGCUGCCAAAAUAACAGGCUAUGUAGAUGUGCCUCCCAGUAACGAGGAAGCAUUGCUAAAGGCCGUGUCUGCUCAACCUGUCUCGGUUACCAUCGAUGCUAGAGCAAAAGAGUUCCAUAUGUACAAAGAGGGUGUCUUCAAUGGAGGCUGUGGGACAAAGCAUAACCAUGAAGUAACAGUGAUCGGUUAUGGGGUGACUGAAGAUGGUACCAAGUACUGGUUGAUCAAGAAUUCGUGGGGUGAGAGCUGGGGUGAGAAUGGCUACAUGAGAAUUCUGAGAGAUUAUGACUCCCCUCAAGGACUUUGUGGAAUUGCCAUUCAUCCUGCCUAUCCAACUGCAUAACUAUGUUCCAUCCAACUGCAUAACUAUGUUCCAUCCAAAAGAAAUUGGAUUAUCUCCACCUCAUGCACCUACUAUUAUUACCUCUACAUUUGCAGUUCUUAUGUUUAUGUUUUUUAUUAGAUAUUUUUGGCUGUUAAAAAGCCUACAUAUAUAUAUAUAUAUAUAUAUAUAUACAUAUAUCUAGCAUGCACCUUGUAUGUCUUUACUUAGGCAAUAAAUUAAAUAUCCAUUAUAGCUAAUUUGGGUGAUAUAUUUAUUUCUACUAAUAAGUACAAA